AUAAAAUGUAGUUUAUUUUUGUUUUAAAAUCGACAUCCCAAUAUUUUUUUAUUUCUUAUCUAUGAUAUAUAAAAGAUGUCAGAAAUAUUUUAAUAUUUAUUGUGAAACGAAAUUUAAAUGUAUUUGUCUUAUUUUUGAAGUAGGUAUUCUUAUUUGAUCGAUAUUUUUGUUUGUUUAACUUAGUUGACUAGAGUUUGUAUGACAGAAUAAAAAUGGUGUUUGAUAUAAAUGGCAAAGUAGCUCUUAUUACGGGAGGUGCUAGUGGAGUUGGUCUGGAAUAUGCUAAAGCUUUAUUAAGAAACGGCUUAAAGGCAGUAACAUUGGCUGAUGUAAACGGUGACCUAGGAAAUAAGGCUCUAAUAGAAAUUUCACAACAAUUUGGAAGCAAGAGAGCAAUUUUUUCGAAAACUGAUGUUACGAAAAUUGAUCAAUUAGAAGAUUCCUUUAAAAAAACCGUUGAGACCUUUGGAAAUAUUGAUAUUGUAUUUAAUAAUGCUGGAAUACUGAAUGAUGCUAUUUGGGAGAAACAAAUUUCUAUAAAUGUGAAUGGUGUGAUACAUGGUAUGAUACUAGCCCUUGAAACGUACUUACCAACAUAUCACCAGGGUCCUGAAGCCGUUAUUGUCAAUAUAUCUUCCAUAGCAGGAGUAAUAGGCACUGCUCACGUACCAAUUUACAGCGCUACCAAACAUGCUGUCAUAGGUAUUACAAGAUCUUGGGGACAACCCGCUUUUUAUAAGAAGUUCAAUGUCAGGGUAGUAGCUGUUUGUCCUGGCGUUACCGACACACCCUUAAUAAGUGAAAUGAACGGAAGAAGUUUAGGAGAUAUCUACGAAGAAAAUGGAAAAGAAUUCGUAGGCGAAUUAACGGUACAAACACCAGAAGUGCUUGCAGAAGAAGUUAUGAAUAUAGUAAAAUAUGGACCCAAUGGUUCAGUCUGGAUCGUCGAAGGUGGAGAACCAGCAUACCAAUAUGUGUUUCCCGAUAGAAAUCAGAUGAAGUAUAACCAGAUUUCAGAUUACAUUCAAAACAAAUGAAUUAUUUUAAUACUAAUAGACUAUUCGUUUACUGGGUAUUUAAUU